AUGCGGGCGCUGCUGUUGCUGCUGCCGCUGCUGUGCGCCCUGCGGGCCGGCGGCACCGAGCUGACCUUCGAGCUGCCCGACAGCGACAAGCAGUGCUUCCACCAGGAGCUGGAGCGCGGCCUCAAGUUCACGCUGGACUACCAGGUGAUCACCGGGGGACACUACGACGUGGACUGCUACGUAGAGGACCCCAAUGGCAGGACGAUCUACAAGGAGACCAAGAAGCAGUACGACAGCUUCCCACACCGCACCGAAGUCAAGGGCGUCUACACCUUCUGCUUCAGCAACGAGUUCUCCACCUUCUCCCACAAAACCAUCUACUUCGACUUCCAGGUGGGGGACGAGCCACCGAUCCUGCCCGACAUGAGCAACCGCGUCACCGCCCUGACACAGAUGGAGUCGGCCUGCGUCACCAUCCAUGAGGCUCUGAACACGGUGAUCGACUCCCAGACUCACUACCGCCUGCGGGAAGCGCAGGACCGGAGCAGAGCCGAAGACCUCAACGGCCGGGUCUCGUACUGGUCGGUUGGGGAAACCCUCAUCCUCUUUGUGGUCAGCAUUGGGCAAGUGAUGCUGCUCAAAAGCUUCUUCACCGAGAAGAGACCUGGCAGCGGCGGGGCCAGCACCUAGAGCCGCAGCCGUUCUGUGCCCGAACUGCGGUGGGGAGCGGGCAGGCAGCGUUCUCCUGGGUCACGCUUUACCUCUGUUUUUCAUAAGGUGCUGCCGUGGGGAGGUGGCGGGGGGGAGCAGGGGAUGAUGUGAUGCUGCUGAGCCAGGUGGAAAAUGGUCACCCAAGCACAGGCAUCCCCCAACCAAUCCCCCCAGCGUCACCUCCCACUUUGCCAUCACCUGCCCUGCAGCCCCGUCCCCUCGCCCGGCCGGUCUGUCCCCACUCGCCAGCUCCACCGGGGAAGCGGGUGGGCGUGCUGUGGUUUGGCAUCAACACUCUGGCCCCUCGUCCGAUGCCUGGUGCACCUUCAGGGCCCAAUGUGACUGCAAGGUGCAGCCCGGCAUCCAGCAAGGCCACGUGCUGCCCACGCACACCCACCGGGGCAGGGAGCUCUGCCCAGGCUGGCGAGGGGACGGGGCAGCACUGACCCACCCAGCACCCACCUCCCGAGUGCUACUGCCCCAAGCCAAGUGCUGUUAGCCCAGAGGAGAGCUGCCCUGCGGGCUCUGUGCCUGCAGGCAGAGGAGGGGUGAGCACAGCUCCCCUUUUUUCCCUGGGGUGCUCCCACAGGCAGGGCCAAAGCCGACAGCAGCAUCCCAGGAGCCGCUGGCUCAAAAACGGAGGCGAGGUUUCAGCAGGAGCUUUUUGCUUGGUGUCUUCUAUUGCUUUGCAAGCCCCUGUCCUCACAGCGAAGCAUUUCCCAGGCCCCUCUCUGCCACAGGAGCAAGUGGCAUGCCCCGUACAAGAUGGUAUUUUCAUACUUGCACGAGUCCACCCCUGGGGCUUGGCCCCCCGCGCAUCCCGCCGUGCCCAGCAGACAGCGGGAGCGGGCACAGCUCUGCCCCACCUGUGCCGAGGAAGCCCCAUCCCUGCCCCAGCAGCAGCGUGACCCCCCCGCGCCCCUGGAACUGCGGCCCCGUUCCCUGGAGCCCCACAAAACAGAGACCCCCGCGAGAGCCCUUGGGACACCACCCUGUGCGAGAGCCCUGGGGAGACCAGCGAGCCGGCCACUGCCGCCAGCCCUCGAGCAGGCGCAGGAUCACUCCUCUGGAGCUGGAGCAGCACCACUGGCAUUUUACUUUUUGCCACUUCGUAAUAAACCCCUGCGACCGUG